AUGGGGUUUACGAGGUCUCUUGUCGCCGCACUCGGCAUCUUCGCUAGUGCUGUGAAGGCAACUACCGAAAGCUCCAACGCGGCAGCCAUUCACGAUCUGGGUGUUUUGAAAUGGACCGUAACAAAUGAAUACGGCAACAUCACCGUUCCCGGCAAAUAUCCUUCGCAAGCUCACCUGGAUCUCCACGCAGCUGGCGUGAUUGAUGAACCAAAUUCUGGCCUCAAUGACUUUGACUUGCGAUGGAUUGCGGCCCAAAACUGGACUUAUACCAGCAAGCCCAUUAGCGGACUGAGCAAAAAAUCGAAUACUGCUACUUGGCUAGUAUUUGACGGCUUGGAUACGUUCGCAACCGUCAAGUUCUGUGACCACAUCGUUGGAACGCCAGAUAACCAGUUCCGACAAUGGUUCUACGACGUCUCUUCCGUUCUUGCGAGCUGCAAGAGCGAUCCCGUUCUGAGCAUUAAUUUUGGAAGCGUGCCUCGCAUCAUCAACGCCAUCAAUGCGAGCAGCGAAGUGCAGCACUGGCCGGCUUCGGUGGUUUAUCCUUUCGAGUAUCCCAACCGCCAAUGGGUUCGCAAAGAACAAAAUGACUUUGGCUGGGACUGGGGCCCGGCGUUUUCUCCCGUCGGACCUUGGCUGCCUGGACGCAUUGUUCAGCUCAGCAAGGGCGGUGAGGUGUACUCUCUCAACACUGAUAUCGACAUCUUUCGAAAGGGCCAGUUCAACAACUUUGCACCCGAUCAGUCCGCACCAUGGGUGGUGAACGCAAGUCUCGACUUUGUGGGAACGCUGCCAAAGCAUGCUUCCAUGUCGGUGGUCAUCACGGAUGCAAAGGAUAGUCGUUCAGUCCUGUAUUCUGGCAGCUUGCAGGGCGUCACGCAGUCUGAUAUGACCAUCACCGGCUCUGUGACUAUUGAUGCCAGCAAGCCGAAGCUGUGGUGGCCUCGAGACAUGGGUAACCAGCAACUGUACAACAUCACAGUCUCUGUCAGCAGCGCAGGGUCCAAGACGCCUCUUCUCGUCUCUCAGCGACGAGUUGGCUUCCGAACUAUUCUAUUCAGCUCAGGCAACGUCACGGAAGCGCAAGUUGCCAGCGGCAUCACGCCGGGAAACAACUGGCACUUCGAGAUCAACGGCCACGAAUUCUAUGCCAAGGGAGCCAACUUGAUUCCUCCAGACGCCUUUUGGCCAAGGGUCACUUCUGCUAGAAUGGACCGCUUGUUCGACUCUGUCGAGUCACAAAACUUCAACAUGCUCCGUGUUUGGUCCUCUGGGGCAUACUUACCAGACUGGAUCUACGACAUCGCCGAUGAGCGCGGGCUGCUGCUCUGGAGCGAGUUUCAGUUCAGCGAUACUCUAUACCCUGACAGUCCAGAAUUUAAAGAGAAUGUCAUUGGCGAAGUUACGUACAACGUUCGCCGCUUGAACCAUCACGCCUCCUUGGCAUGCUGGAUGGGCGGCAAUGAAUUUGAGAACCUCAUGCUGCCAAUUGCCCAGGGCGCCGAUCCAGCAACUUACCCAUAUGUUUUGGGACAAUAUGAGGAUCUUUUCAUCGUUACGAUAUUCAAUAUUCUGGCUGCCAACAGCCACUCCAUUUCAUACAGCCCCUGCAGUGCAAACAAUGGCUGGCUGGAUAUUGACCUUAGUCUGCCUGUUCCCAUCGUGGAGAGAUACUAUAACACGACUUCUGGGUACAUCUAUGGUGAUACCGACUUUUACAACUAUGACACAUCGGUGUCUUUUGAUACUUCCGCGUACCCAGUAGGUCGUUUUGCCAACGAGUUUGGCUUCAUCAGCAUGCCUAGUAUCCAAACGUGGCAGCAGGCCGUCGAGUCUCAAGACCUCCAUUUCAACUCGACCACGGUCAUUCUACGAAACCAUCACUACCCCGCUGGUGGAUUGACCCGAAAUGUCCGCAACAGCACUUUGGGCCAGGUUGAGAUGACUCUCGCGGUAGAGCGAUACUACCCAACGCCCGAUAAAACUGAUUCUGUCGCAAACUUCAGCGCCUGGUGCCACGCUACCCAGCUGUUCCAAGCUGACAUGUACAAAUCCGAGAUUCAGUUUUACAGAAGAGGUAGCGGCAUGCCGGAGAGGCAGCUUGGCUCGUUGUAUUGGCAGCUCAACGAUAUUUGGCAGGCUCCAACCUGGGCGGGCUUGGAGUAUGACGGACGAUGGAAGGUGUUGCCGUAUGUUGCUCGUCGGACUUACGAUCACGUCAUUGCGUCGGCUUUCUGGAACUACACUGCGAACCAGCUCGAAAUCUGGGUUACGUCGGACCUCUGGGAGUCUGCAUCUGGUGAAGUAUCCUUGUCCUGGGUCGAUCUCAAGGGCAAAGCCAUCGCAAACAACGCGGGCAUGCCAAAAUCGAUCAAGUUUGAAGUUGGUGCUAUCAACACUACGCAAAUCAUCUCAACCAACGUGGCUUCAGAUCUCAAGAUUCCAGACACCAGAAAUGCUGUGCUGAUCAUUGAACUCACUGCCAAUGGCAAACUCCCCAAUGCAGCCAGCAGUAAGACGACGACAUUUACUCAUCACAACCACUUCCUCCCUGUCUGGCCAAACCAAGCCAAGGUAUCAGAUCCCAAGCUGAAGCUGUCAUAUAACAAAUCCAAGAAAUCCUUCACUGUGGAAUCCACGGCCGGUGUGUCCUUGUACACGUGGCUGACGCAUCCGGCUGGAGUCUUGGGAUUCUUUGACGACAAUGCGUUUGUUCUGGCGCCUGGGCAGAAGAAGGAGGUUGGGUUUACGCUCCAGGAAGAUAGUACUGGAGGGAAGUGGGCUGAGAAGGUGACGGUGGAGAGUUUGUGGGAUUUGACUACGAAGUAG